AUUAAUUACAAACAAUCACUGUCCCUGGAAUAAAACGUAUUUGUUAAGCAGUUGGCGCUUGCUAUUAAUUGCGAAUGAAUUUUUCAAAACAAAGUGUUUUAUGGUAAAAUCAUUUUCAGUAAAAUGUUUAGAGCAAAUAGUACUCGUCUUUGUCUCCAGCUUUCUCUACCUGUCACGUCAAUCCAUUGUUCCCUGGCGUUAGGUUCUUUAGGAAACCUAAAAAUUUUAAUUUAAUGCAUAAGUCAAAUAGCAUUUUACUUAUAUUUUAAUAAAUCUUAGACAAUAUAGUAAAUACCCGUAAAUGAGAGGUCUACAUGUCUCUUUAUAUUAUACCUUCAAAUUAAUUCAAUGAUAAUAAUUCAAUAAUAAUAAUACAUAUUUAUUUUACUCAAAAUACGUCUCACUAAGAAUAUACUAGGUAUCAUUAAUUAAAUAUAAAAUAAUACAAAAAUUAUCCAUGUCAAAUGUAAAUAUAGUCGAGAAUUCUGUCGAUUAUUUUAUUUCACCACAUGGUCACCUCACUAUCGACAAACUAGCGCACAGUGGGUCGAUACUAUGAUUUGAGUGACUUACGGCCGUUUUCAAUAACGUAUCUGAGUUUUCGGAUAGAUAGCUAUCUCCGAAUAUCAGCAAGAGCGUAUCUAUCCUUAGUUUGCGUUUCACAAUCACGGAUAAGUGCUAUCUCUCUUUAAUCAACAGUAGAUAGCUUCUUCCCUCCGAUUUAUCCGAGCCUCUUGAUACGUUUCGUUCUACUACAAAUACGAAACAACAUCAGGAUCAAGACUUAUUUUAUUUUAUUCUAAAUUAUAACUAUAAUUUAACCAGCAUAUUGUAGACUAUCAUAAACACAUUUGUUUAUAACAAAAAGUAAUAAAAACAUAUGUAGAUUUUUUUUAAUUGGACGUAUUGCUAUUUUUAUCCUAGUCGAAAUUAUGAAACGAAACGUUUUGACGUUUGCCAAUAAGCAGUGAUCAGUUUCUUUUGUUUGUUUUUCUAUUGUUUACCUACUAUAUUAGAUGAUGACUUACCUCCAAAACGCUUUAAAACUUUCGUUUAUAAUUCUAAGUGUGUUUAUAAUUAAAGAGCUACAGUGAAAUAAAAUGAAUUCUUCAAGAAAGGCAGCACCCAUGACAAAAGAUGAGACGAUGAUUCUAGCAGAACUUGUGGCGGCGAAAAAACAUUUCAAUAAUAAGGCAACAAAUGCCACAAACAAUAAAUUGAAGGAGCAGGCUUGGCAAACCCUUGGAAAUGAUUUUAAUUCGUCGAUUCGUCGUUUCCCACGAACUCCAUCGCAGCUUCGACUAAAAUGGGAAAACUUAAAGAACGCUACGGCAACAUAUGAAACAACCUUAGUAAGGCUGGAGGUGGUAAGGAUUGCAGAUGAAAUUUUGGAUAAAGCAUGCACAUUGUUGUAGGUCACAUAUAAUAUUUUUAACACUUUUACAGCCAAGCGGAAACAAGAUGGAAGAAAAGAAAUGCAAGGCUAGCAUAGGGACAAUGCAUUAGCAGAAUAUCUAAUAGCAAAAAAGAGACUUGACUUGGAAAAUAAAGAAAAGGAGAUUGUUGUAGCAAAAGUUAAGUUAGAUUUAGAUAAUUUAAAAAAUUAAAAAUUACUCAAAAGGAAUAUUAAAUUUCAUAAAUUAAGUAGGUAAUAAUAAUUUUAUGUUAGAUAGUUUUUUAAAGAUAUGUACAAAUUCUAAAUUAAAUAUCUUGCAUGUACUAACUACCAUGUAAUUAUCAUUUUGGAAAAUAAAAAAUAGUCAAAUUAU